GAUGGUCUCCUUAGACAAAUCAUCAAUAGCCAGGAAGCUUCAGCAGACACACUCUACUGCUCCCACCCACAUGAAUGUUUUACUGAAGUCAAAAGUUCCUUUGCCAUCUUGCCUUCGAACUGUGGCUUUGGUUUAUUUAAAUUUGUCAGACAGGACUGCAGGUCUCUCCGAGGACGACGGAGGUCAGAAGUCUAUGUCGUACAAUUAGAGAGGCUUUGUUAGCUUUUUUUUUGUUGUUGUUAUUGUUGUUAGAUUUUUUCUCGACAAGUGAGAGGAAAUUUUGUAAUAUUGUGCAAUGGUGUCACAAAAGUUUUGAAAGGUGGUGAGUGUGUGUUUUUUUUAUGCUGCCAAACAUCCUAAGUUGGUUCAACAGAAUAGAGGUCUCCAUGUUGCAUCCAUACAGAAUGGAGAGCUACCUCAUCCCGCCUCACGCAGAAGAAAUGUACGACCCCGAGAUCUACAGACAUCAAAUCACAGAAUAUUAUAAUCCGUAUGUUCUUGACACAGAUAUACAGACAGACCACUGGGACUACCACCCUCAGCCACACAUACACCCUGCAGAAUUUGAAAACCUCCAGGAAACCAACUUCACCGAGCUCCAAAGCGUGCAGACUCUCCACCCACCAGGCCUCCUACGACCCGACACCAUACGGUACGAUGCAGAGAACCUUCUGGACCCAGGAACGCAUGCACAUGUGCUACAGCAACCGAUUGCAUUCUUCCCUCGCUCCAUCUACCCUCCCAUGUCCCAGCGAAGCUCCGAUGACGAAGACCACGGAGGACGAAGUACUCCACUGGAGGUGUCCGAUGAGGAGUGUCUGAGAGACAGAGUCCCUUAUGUCUCCACCGGAGACCUUGGCAAAAAGAAGAUCCGUUUGUACCAGUUCCUCCUGGACCUGUUAAGGAAUGGCGACAUGAAGGACAGUAUCUGGUGGGUGGACAGAGACAAAGGGACAUUCCAGUUCUCCUCCAAACACAAGGAGGCUUUGGCACACCGCUGGGGAAUCCAGAAAGGCAACCGGAAAAAAAUGACCUAUCAGAAGAUGGCCAGAGCUUUACGCAACUACGGCAAAACCGGGGAGGUGAAGAAGAUCAAGAAGAAGCUGACGUACCAGUUCAGCGACGAGGUCCUGGGGAGGAAUCAUCUAGAGAGGAGCACGUACAUGUAGACAGGAAGUUGUUCUGGGAGAUAUAUACACUGUUACUGGUAAAUUAUAUCUUAUUUUGUGAAUAGCACCAAUACUGCUGUACACUGAAAUCUGUGUAAAAACGGGUCAAAGCUGCAGUCGCUUUAAACUUAGAAGCUGUCGUUAGGAAGAAGAAUGAAUGCAAAUAAACUAUUUUUUAUGUGUUUAGAAUGAGCAGUCGGAAAUAUAAUAAGUUCACCUUCUUAAAAGAAUCAACAUGAUCUUUUUCUUUUUCUUUUCUUUUUUUCAGUUUUAAAAUGGAAUCGUUUUCACUGAUAGUUUUAUUGAAUAUCUACUGUAUCAGUCUGUGUUUGUUUGAUUGGUUGUGUUUCCUAUAAACUGGAAACAAAUGUACAUUUCAGAUGCCACUGUCUGCAGCUGACGCAAGCACAAGGGCAUUACAGGCUUGCAAAUAAGGAGCAUAAAUAGAAGCUUUUAUGUGCUGGGUGAGCAGCUUUCAUUUAAAUAAAGAUGAGAGGAGAGGCCACCCAGUGUUUAAGAUAAGGCAGACGGUGCACAAAAGUUAAACAAGCAAAAAUAAUCGCAAUUUUCAGGCAGCGUAAUCUUUAUUCAUGUGAAGCUCAAAUGAAUUUUUUUUGUUGUUUGUUCUUUCUGUUGUUGUUGUUUUUUUGUUUUUUUUUUUGCAUCUCUGUCAGUCAAUAUCACAUGAAGACAAUGUCAGUCAAUGUGGUUAAUACGGGUUGUGGCCAGCAGGGGGGCACUUUAGCUUUGCAACAACAAGCAUUUGUUUCUUAUGUGUAAGGCUGAAUCUUUCUUUGUAUUGUUUUUUUUUUUUACUGUAAAAAUCCUAAACUUUAUACAAUUGCAUGGUGUUAUGUUAUAUAUUUUAUACAGCAGUAAAAAAAAUAAUACUGCUCUGUAAAACAAAGAAACAAUUCCAUCUGUUCUUUAAAUGGGUCAAAACAUUUUAACAACCUGCCAAAUGUUUUCUCACUGAGCUGCCUUCACAAGUUCUCCUGUAGAGGUCCGCCGUGUAGGAUUUAGCAACAUCUAGUGGUAAACAUCCUGUCGUGACUAAGACUUAAUGAGUGAACACUUAAAAAACAUUCUUUAUUACAGAAAAAGGAAAAGGUCAUUCAGGGCAGUAUUUGUAAAUCCUGACAGAACUAUGUAUCCAAGUGAGUGUACGUGUUGUUAUUUAUAAUUACAUAUGUUCUCAUCUCUUAACCACAUCUUACAGAGUGCCACAUAUACAUUUGGUUAAUUCUGUCAUUUGCUCAUUGACAUUUAAAUUUGCAAUAAAAAAAAUAGCAGGCUGACACCAGCUGGAUAGAAAAAAA